AUGAACAUGACAGCCUCUCCUCUUCCUUCCUCCGUGGAUCUGCUGAUUCAGGACAGCCCUGAUUCUUCCACCAGUCCCAAAGUAAAACUACCCACUUCUGCACAGAAUAGUGCGGUGAAGAAGGAAGAUAAGGCCCAGGGCAAGAAACAGAAGAGCAGAACCGUGUUCUCUACCACCCAGCUGUGCAUACUCAAUGACAGAUUUCAGAGACAGAAAUACCUCAGCCUCCAGCAGAUGCAAGAGCUUUCCAACAUCCUCAACCUCAGCUACAAACAGGUUAAGACCUGGUUCCAGAACCAGAGAAUGAAAUCUAAGAGGUGGCAGAAAAAUAACUGGUCAAAGAAUUUCAACAGCCUGACUCAGAAGGCCUCAGCACCUACAGAAUACCCAGGCCUCUGCCCUUCCUACCACCAGGCGUGCCUGAUGAACACAUCUGGAAACCUUCCAGCGUGGAGCAACCAGACCUGGAGCAACCCAGCCUGGAACAACCAGACCUGGAACAGCCAGCCUUGGAGCAACCAUUCCUGGAACAGUCAGACCUGGUGCACCCCAGCCUGGAACAAUCAGGCCUGGAACAACCCCUUCCUUAACUGUGGGGAGGAAACUCUACAAUCCUGCCUGCAGUUCCAGCAAAAUUUUCUUGCCAGUGAUUUGGAAGUUGCUUUGGAAGCUGCUGGAGAAAGUCUUAAUGUAAUACAACAAGCCACUAAGUAUUUUAGCUCCCCACAGGCCGUGGAGUCAUUCCUAAAUUACUCAAUGGACAUGCAGCCUGAAGAUCUGUGAAGAUGCGUGUGUUACUCAGUUUCAGUCUGGGCAGGA